ACAUUCUCACGUCUUGACCUCCCACGGACACACACACGCACACACAGAGAGAAGCAACAUCCUCAUUCUGCCCAGUCGGCAUGGGAUUGUUCUAAGUGGUGUGCUCCCCCCUCUUCUUUCUCGUCACAAAUGAGCUGUUACUGGAUGCUACUCGCCCUCCCCCCGUUGCACUUGUUGCGCAGACACUGGAUGCGCUGCUGAGAACUCGUAGAGGAGACGCAGGGACAGACUGCAACAGGUGCACACAGAGAAUCCCCUCCGAGAAGGCGACACCGGAGGUAGGAACAUUACGCAUCAAUUUGAUAGUUUGAGGGAUUAUAUUAUUGCGCUUUUGGAUCAAACGUUCUAUUUUAUAUUGAGUAAAUUUGAUUUUUCUUUACUUUUUCCGUAAGACAACUUUAAAUGCCGGUCUGAGGAUCUUUCUGCCAUCUCAUCACGCGCACAGACCCAGCAUGCCGGUUCUCACGAGCCCUGACAUCGCCAAUAAGUUUAAGGAGAAAUGGCUGUCAGUAUACCCGGAGGACCAGGUCCACGGCACCGACGCUGCACCCCUGGACGACAGCCUUACCAGCCUCCACUGGCUCCAGAAUUUCUCCAUCCUCAGCGCGGACCCGGAACGACCAAACGGAUUCGGACCGGGCUGCCCGUCCUCCCAGCAGCACCUCUUUCUCAAGCGACUCGGCUUCCCCAGAGGAGGCACCGACUCCCCGUCCAGCCCACCAGCUGGAGACACGGCAUCAACCGGGAUGCCUCUGUACCUAGGCAGCCCCGUUACCUCCGGCAGCGACUCAACGCGGUUCACAAACUACGCACAUCCGGGUAGCACAAGCUACCCACAAAUCCCCAUCCAGGCCAGUCCACCUGUGGAGAUCGACUACAAAACCAACCCCAAAGUCAAACCACCUUACUCAUAUGCUUCUCUCAUCUGCAUGGCCAUGCAGGCUAGCAAGCAGCCCAAAGUGACUUUGUCCACCAUCUACAACUGGAUCACGGAGAAUUUCUGCUACUACAGACACGCGGAGCCCAGCUGGCAGGUAACCGAGACUCUAACUCUUCCUCUAUUAUUGAUGAGCCAGAUAAAUGGCGAGGUGAGGGAGAGGAGGGUGAGCAAUUGAUCCCGGUGUCACCAUCAGACACUACAUCUUUGUUUCACAGACAAGGACUUUAUUUCAUUUUGUAAGAUAUUUCUAACAUUUUUGAGACUUUAUUCAAUUGAUUCUUUACACUUAACUGCGUUUACAGCUCAUGUCUUAUGCAGAGUUCUGAAAGACAUAGGUCAGUAACAUGACUGGGUAUAACAAGAGCUUCAAAGAGGCUGGGUCUCUUAGUAAAGAUGGGAACAAUUUCUGUGAGAGGUCAUUAAAAAAUGACAUAAUAGCAAAUAAUUUGAGAACACAUCAGUACAUAAUUUCCCCAAAAUACCGAAAAAUCUUGAAAAGCCUACAAUAAAUACUUAAUGGCUGAGUCGUGUGGGCCCAAGGUGGCACUGCAUUGAAAACAGACAUGACUUUGCAGUGGGAGUCACUGCAUUGCCUCCAAAUCACUUCCAAAAAUCACUCUGUGUUGCUGCAGCUACAAUUCUGUCAUGCAGAAUUUUGCCCGUAAUUUAUUCAAGACUAAGUUCUUAUUUUCUGUCAGUCUGGUUUCAUGCCAAGCACUGCAGGCUACAUGUAAGGUGUUAUAUGAAUUUAGUCAAGCUGGUUUUUCCUUUAUUAAAUGGAAAACAGAUUUUUUUUAGGUGAAUGUUAGUCUGGCAACCCCAAGAUUAUCCAGAGUUCAAUUCACACCUUUGAUAAUUUUCAUGAAAGUCUGUGACAGGGCAAAGUGUUCAGAAAUUUCCAUCUUCUAGCAGGUGCACAUAUGGCGUUGCAUAAAAAAUUUAUAAAAAGAUUUCCUCGCUUUAUUUGAAAACAUAAAUUGUGAUGAUAAUGUGAGUCUGGUAUCCCACAGGUGAUCCACAGUCUAAUUUCCACCUUAAAUGAUUUCUGUGACAAGUGUGUGUUAAUGUAAGGGGCUCAGAAAUUUCCAUCUUCCAACAGAGUGCUCGUGUAGUGUUUUUUGUCCGAGGGGAGUGGUGAUGAGGCAAGAAAGCAUCCAAUGAGUGUGUGUGUGAGUGUGUGUGUGUGUUAAUGAGGGCUCCUGAGAGAGAUGGCAGCUAAGCACAGCUGAUCAUGUUUGAAAUGCACAGAGCCGCCUGUUACUCGAAAGCCUCAUUAGGUACAUUUGCUUUCCUAUACAAACAACAACAAUACAGCCCCCUUCUCCCUCUCUCCUCUCGUCUCCCUCACAUGUUCACUUUUUGCAUGACUAAUUUAAAUUUGCUCAAAGCCAAUGGGAUCCUGCUAAUUAUCCCCCCCUUUUUUUGUCUUUGUUGCAGAACUCGAUUCGUCACAACCUGUCCCUCAACAAGUGUUUCAAGAAGGUCCCCCGACAGAAAGACGAGCCAGGGAAGGGGGGUUUCUGGCAGAUUGAUCCACAGUACGCUGACAUGUUCGUCAACGGGAUCUUCAAGCGCAGGAGGAUGUCUGCCAACCACUACAGCAGCGGCAGUGGUGGUGGUGGAGGCCCCCACAGACAAAGCAAACUGCUUCAGGGGUAUCACAGCACCCAAAAUGGCUGCCCUUAUCAAGCAGUAGGUGGCAAACAGAAGAACAUAAACACUAAAAGCAACAGCAAAACCACAAGGGGGGCAGAGUCUCCUCUUCUGGCGACGGAUACCCACAAAGCGAACAUCCUGAGGGGGGACUUUGACUUGGCAUCUGUUUUCGACGAUGUCCUCAGCGGGAACUGUAGCACCUUUGAGGAUUUGGACAUCAAUACAGCGCUGAGCUCCCUCGGGUGCGACAUGGAGGUGUCCCUACAGGGGAGGCAGCAGCACCCAGCAACAGGAUUGGGGAGAUGGUGCGGAGGAGGUGGAGACAUGAUGGGUCAGAGCCAGCACUUGAACCACCACCAGUCCUACGCUUACAUGGAUAUGAACGCUACCGUCACCAUGGAUUGCGCCGCAAAUAUGGGGCACGUUCACCUACCGCCGCAGCAUCUGGACCAGGAUCAGCUGCUCCACAGUCAGCACCACCUGCAGCAGCAGUUUGAGGAGCCUGCCACGCUGUUCCCAGAGCAGCCAGAGGAGGCGGUGCUGCAGCCAUGGGAGGAGAUCAAAGAAGAGGCGCAGACCAUUCCUCUGACACUGGAUCAGGGUUUUGGUCUGUGUGAGGGCUUCUUCACGGAGAUGCAGCCAUGGGAAAGAGUGGAAGCCUAUCUGUGACCUUUGACCCCAAACCUCAUAGACUUCGAACUAAUCACACCUAAUCACCUGAACAGCUCUGAUUACCAGCCCGCCCUUUAAGGGAUAAGCGAUCUACAUCCAAGCUACAUCUGUAUUCCCAUUAACUCUGCAAUACAUCAUGUAUUGAAUUCUGUUUCUGCAGCAAAACCUCUCAACAGCAUCUGAUACAAACAAAAAAAUCACAACUUUUUGUCUGUUAGUGGAACUAUGAACCCUGCCAGUAACAGAUCUCUAAAAAAAUGCAUUAACCAAACUCCAUGUGUUGUUCUGCAAAAUAAGAGAACUAGUGCGUAUCCUUUAUUUGCUGGGACUGUGUCAGCUCAGAUGUCAGGCUGACAGAGACAAGGGAAUAUCUCAAAGUGAGUGCUGGACUGAAGCUGUCUGUUGUUGUUUUUUUAUGGGACAUGAUGACAAAGAUGGGGGAAAAGUGAAGAAAACCUGACCACCCUCUCUCAAAGCACUCCACAACAAGCACUGAGGAGACACCCAGGAGUCUAUUUUACUACAUGAGCAUUGAACUUUUUAUACUAACAUGCAGUAAAAACCUGUCGUUCAUAUCAGUUGUCUUUGUCAUGUGAUGAUGAAAAAUUAACAAAGCAACAUGAUGAAACACAUACUUAAAAUUAUAGUCUGAGAGUAGUCACUUAUGACUUUGUUAAAUAGUCAAUUUAAUAUAUAUUCACUAAAGUAUAUAGCAUGAAGCUAGGCAGGAACAUUUGCCAUUUGUCUACUGUUAUGUAUUGCAAAAAGAGGAGGAGCAGACCUUAAAAAUCAAACAUUAUGCACUUUGAUAGGCAGCAGUUUUAAGACAGUGGGACAGCUUCUUUUUUCAGGAGUUUUAUUUUUUAUCACGUUGAAACUUUUUUGUCUUAAGUUAACGGACAAUAACAGAAGUGAAGCAUUUGCUGUUUUGUUCAAAUCAGAGCUCAACGCUGCAAUAAGUCAACAUCGCAAGAGUUUAUUUCCCCCUUAAAUAAACUGUUUUUUUUUUCUGUAGAGAUAUAUACAAAACUCAGCAUUUGUUGAUUAAAGUUCGCCAAAUCUGUCAAUUAAGAAUAUGCAGUUUAUUGGUGUUUCUGUGCUGAUUUAUGAAAAGAGUUCUGCUUUCUGUCACUGGGUGAUGGAUUUUUUCCCUUCUUGAUUCCAUUUAUGUGUUUUUUUUUUUUAUUUGUAUGGUUUGUUUUGGCAAAUCUGAAAUUUCAAAAUAUGUGUAAGAAUUCAAGGGCAACAUAAUUGGAUAAUUGGUUUGUGUAAAUUCAGCUCAUAAAGGAUUUUCAUAUUGUAUCAUAUUGAUCAAGUUUGAUACAAACUCGUUGAUCUUAUCAUAUCGUUUUCAUUUGUACUUUUUUAAGCUGUUUAAUAAUGCAAUCAUGCCUUGAUGCAAUAAAUGGUGUCAAAUAAAGAGGAAAUAUGACAAAAAACCUGAGCUCACAUUCUUGACUUUUUCAUUGUGUAGAAUCAGAGAUGAUAACACCGUAACAUGUAGGUGUCUGUGUGCUGAUAGAUAGCUGGAGUCAGGAAGAUUGUUUGAGUUGGAGCUCUGUGUGAGAGCAAUCAAGACAUAAAGAGGUCCAUCAGGGUUUAUCAUUAAUCAGCAUGGGCAGGUCUGGACUUGCUUAGACAGGGGAUAUAUGAUAGCAUUUUAGAUGUACAAUAUAAGCUGAUGUUACAUUAUACAUUAGACAACAGCUCAUUUAACACACAACAUGACAUGUGGUGGUUCAAACUGCACAGGAAGUUUUUAUUCAACUCUCUGGUCAUUCUUAUCAGGACGUGAUUAUUUACGCUGCUUGAUGAGUAUCUGUUUGGUUGGUUUGUUUAGCAGUGGCUAAUCGAGCUGAAACGUAGUUUGACCGGGCAAUUGCACAUCAUCUAACUGUGUCCGCUACAAGUGCUUUAUUUCACCUCUGACAAGUCUAGAGAACAAAACAGAAAGUUUUCCUGACCGUCGGUGUACAAUCAAAGCUCACUGAUAGAGAAGUGUCAUUCAGACGUCUCGUAAGAUCUCACUUGUUGCAGAAAGACAACAGAGGACAUGUGAGUGAGUGACACGCGGAGAGACACAGACCGGCUUCAGCUGCCAGCAGUAGGGCGAUUGAUUAGGCAGCUAAUAUAUUGGUGGUUUUAGCUUCUUACCAUCGACUGCAGUAAACCAAAUUUCUUACCAGUAUGCAGAGGGUAAAAAUGAUCCAGUGACAAAGAGAGCGAUCCAUGGAGGCAUUGAGAACUGAUACUGGUACAGCUGGUCAAAGUGGAAAACAAAUAGCUGUAUUCAACUGGACUUCUGUCUUGAACUAGUCUGCAAGCAGCAGGUAAUAAUCCAAUUGUUGUCAAAAAUUUAGGUGGUGAUAUGCCCCUUUUCAGCUGGUUACUAUCUUGCUGUCUCGUUAUUCUAUAAAUCACUGGCUUCAUCAGUGAUCAUGGCAGGUUUUUGCUUCACAUCUUAAAAUAGGGGCCAAUGAGGGCACUUUAGCCAUCAUACAGAAUAUGCAGUCAAUGGUUUGAACCCAAACAGAGUACUGAGUGUGAAUACAAUUUCUAAAAUACACCAGAUGCUAGUGAGGCAUUAAAAGAGAUCAAAAGUUGACAAAGCCAUUAAGGAGAUGAAAUAAAUUGAUAAAUAAACACCAAACUAAACAUGAAGCCUGAAGAAAAUAAAAGCCAAAGAUCACAAAGGCUUGGAGUUAAAAGUGCACCAGAGCUAAAAGGGCAUUUAACAAGCACUGCCAGUUGUUGCCCUCAGGCAGGGUGUCCAAACUGUGGAGCUCUUUGUGUCAGAAUCCAUCAGGAGAUUUUUGUUCUGAGUUUUUCUGUGGGUCAGAAGAUCAAAAAGAUAACUUGGAGGCAGGUCAUAAAAAGAACGAUCGAUUUGUCAACUUUUUUAUGAAGUUCAAGCUUUUUGUUGCUAAAAGUUUCAGAAGUUUCAACUGUGAUAUUCGGGGUCAGACUGAUAAAAGAGUCAGAGUACCGUUAAUGGUUCACAAAAACUACUAUUUUUGCCAUGCAUCCACCCUAACAACAAUCAACAAAUUCAGACUCUGAUCAGACCACUUUCAAUACAACAAAGUCUCAUCAAAUGAAAAAACCCUUAAAACUCAUUAUUACCACAUAUUUUCUCACCCUUCUCCAGGAUUUUGUUCACAUACCCUAUAUGAAAAUGUGCUUUUCCACCUUAAAUCUCUUUUUAAUUGAAAUCGUAAGAGGAAAAGUUAAGAAAUGCGGCUUAUCCCCGUACCUCAAGCCCUAUGCUCCCAGCGGCAGCAGGUCAUGUGUGGAGAUGUCCAGGAAUGGGUGGAAUAACUCAGAUUCCUACAAACAGCGGGGUCUACGGCCUGAUCCGAGGGCCAAGGCGUGUGACCACUGGCCACCCUGCGUGAAGAAAAUCACUGCAGCUGAUGAAGGGACUGACCCUGUGUCUAAUACAGGUCAUUUAUACCCAUUACGAACCCACAGAGCACUUUCAUAUGUUCAGGUUUAGCCCGUUUGGGAGGACAGCUGAUCUCCAAUGAAUCUGGUUCUGGAAAAUUAAAAAGAGUAUUUUCCUUGGCACUGUUUUAACCAACUGUGGAUUAAUGUUUGUUCUCUCAGUUAAGACCAAGAAAAGUUUGGACCUGCUCUACUGAAAAAGUGCCAUUAGAUAACUUUUGCUGAGUUUGUUGCCAUAAAAUGAAAUUUAAAAGAGAAUAGAUCAAAUGGAAAUGUGAAAAGUAGUGUCAUUGUCACUGUCAAGGGCCUCCAUCUGACUUGUAAGUGUGUGAACUUUCACAUUUGUCCUUGUUUGCCCUUGAUUGUGUCAAUUACAUUAUGUGCCCUUAUAUUUGUGUUGGUCCACAGGUUUCUUUGUCUGCCCUCGCGUUGAUGUGUGCAGAGUGUGUGUAUACGGGUGUGAUGGGAGCCCCGUGGCGGCCCAGAUAACACUAUCUCUAUGGAGCCAGAGCCCUGUGGUUCUAUUCAGCACGGCGGAUGAGAAGCUGGGACUGCCCAGCACGCGGACCUGCUCAAAGGAGGCGGAACAAGCUGGGCUGUCACUGUGGGCUAACGUGGCUUAUAAUGGUUUAUAACCUCCGUCUUGGUGCCCCUCUGGGGGGGUCUGUAUCAUGCUUUUCAUUCUGUGCAAGCUUGGGUUACACAUAGGAUGGCAGAGACAAGAAGAGGGUGUAUUUGGUGUUUUAUUGCCUUCAUGGCACCCUCUGGACUGCUCCUGAUUAGAGCCAGGCACACACAAGGUCAACCAGCUUUGCUAAAGAAGCACCCCUCCCAGCAUGACAAAGACAGAGGGUUCAACUACUCAUUUAUUGGGGAUAUCCACAGAGCUUUUCUUCUAAUAGAAGACACAUGAUGGGGGUCCCUCAUUAAUUAGAUCCUUCUUUGUGGCACAGAGAAAAAACGGGCAACAGGAAAACGCCCCAAACCUGUUUUAUGGCCCCUGAGGAACCCCUGAGCGUGAGUGAUUGCAUGAACAAAUAAGUGUUAGAUCACACUGAUAUUUGCAAUUUUCAUGGAGCAUAAAUCACAUAUUGGAAAAGACAUUGACUUGAAACCGUCACCACUCCGACAUAGUGUGAAAUUGCAGUCCAUCUCUGGUUUCCAAACCCUCAUCACAUAUUGAUAAGGGAAAAAAGACAAGGAUGAAAUUCAGCAGUCUGGCCAUCCCUUAAUGCCUCCCAAGACACAGGAGGAGGGGCUUAAACAGGAAAUACACCUAACUAGCCUUCCAAAAGGCUGUUGUUUAUGUAUGAAAUGCUAAUGAGGUUCCCAUUUAGAUUGCCAUGUUCCAUUUUGAAAGGACUUGUGGUUGGUGUGUUAGAAUAAAAGGAGUGGGCCGUCAUAUGUUGAGGGGGCUUUCUUUCAUUCACACAGAUAAGGGUUUUACCUACUCGCAUAAUUGGCCAAAAUGUGAACAUGGCUGUUUAUAUACAAUCAAAGCAGGAUGAUUACUUUAAGAACUGAAGGUUUCUGAGUAUCAUCCUUCAGCACAGGACUCAUCUGUGUCCUGUGGAGCCUUUAUUCUUGUCAAUGUGAUGAUGACUAAUGAAGACUGGCUCUCCUAUUUGCUAACGCCACAUGAACCCACAUAGAAACCCUCUAGAUUUUGUUUCAGUUUUGAUGUGCUAAUUUUAUUUAUGCAGCACAUGCAGAGCAGACAAAGGCAGGUGUGCAAAUGAGUGCUGACACUACUGCACACACAGAUGGCAACUGUGAAUACAUAUGGAGCUUAUUGUAGGAUUUAUUCGCCCGUAUAGGACGUAGUCCUGUCCAGCUUAGUUUUUUCUUGUGUCUGCAAAGCCUCUCUCCAAAGUAACUUUAGGAGCAGGCACUCAAGAUUAAACAUUCACCACAGGGCGCAGCGACAUCAUAAACCAUUUUCACUACAUCUGCUGUGCUGCUAGGACUUCGAGUGCCUCCCCCAUGUGGGCCUUGACCUUUACAUUUUCCAGCACUGCACAGAGGAGACUUACAGUGACUGCCUCUCUGUCACCACCACACUGCCGCUAGUUAAGAUACUGGACUCAAGCAAGGUCAGUCUUGUUGUUGACAUAGUCAGUGUUGUUUGUGUUUACUGCAGUACACAUCCUCUUCUCUGUGGUCUGUCAUAAAGACUGUUUAACCCUGGCCACUCUUGUCUCCAACUGCUUUGUGGUAGUGUCAAGAACUGAAUGUUCACCAAGGAAAUUAUGGGUUUCAUAUGUCCCAUUGUUAUCAAUAAGGUGUUAACAUUUAAUCUGUGACCGCUCAUGACACAGUUCUGUUUAUGAAAACAAUAUAUGAAAUAUUCAGGAGUUGGGGAGUAAGCUAACAUAGCUGUUAUUACCCACACUGAAAAGAAAAUUCUGUAAUCAGAGCAGCACUUGUAGCAAUAGUGUGUUCAUCAUAGGAAACUACUUUUAUGGCAUGUUGCUAUGCAAUGACCAAUCAGAAUCAAGUACUUAAUACACCUUUGUAAUAAUAAGUUUAUGAAAUAUUGAUGCAGUUUAUAUAUAUAUAUAUAUAUAUAUAUAUAUAUAUAUAUGUAGUAUAUAAUCACAUCAUGAUGUUGUAGUUGGAAGCCACUAAUAUUUUUACUACGUGGUUUUACGAUAAUUUCACAGUUUGGAAUCAAUAAAGUAAGUCUCGUUCUCAUUCUGAUUCUGAUCACACUGUAAGCGCUUUAUAAAUAAAGUUUGACUGACUGAUUGAUUGAUUGAUAUGUGUUGUAUAAUGGAUAUACAUUGUUCAUAUGCCCAUUCAACUGAUAACAUCUAUCUAUCUAUCUAUCUGAAAUAUUUGUUUAUGUAUGUGUUUUUCAUUGAUUGAAUUCUUAGUUUUUGACAGCUGCAAACAUGGACACAUGUAUGUAUCAGUGAGUCAACAUGUUGAACAUACUUUUAUGCAAAUUUUGCUUCAGGUUAUCAAAGACAGCAAGCAAU